GGGGGUGAAAGGUGAGAGGUAAAAGGUGAAGAGAUCCCGGCUGCAGGAAGAUGGCUGAGAGGGAGCAGCAGACAGACCCAUCUCCAAAGGAUGAGGUCCCUGCAUCUCUUCAUGGACAUUGCUUCAUUGUCCCAAAGAAGGAAAUCAGUACAGUUCCUGAUAUGGCCAAAUGGAAGCGAUCCCAGGCCUACGCAGAUUACAUGGGUUUUGUCCUGGCCUUAAAUGAUGCAGUCAAAGGAAAGAAGUUGACCUGUGAAUACAAAGUCUCCGAGGCAACCGAGAAGCUAAUGGAGCUCCUGGACAUCUUGGAUCGCUGGAUUGAUGAAACGCCCCCAGUGGACCAACCGUCACGAUUCGGCAACAAGGCCUUUCGCACCUGGUACGGAAAGCUGGAUCAGGAAGCAGAAAACCUGGUUUCCACCGUUAUCCCACCAGCACUAAGUGCGGCAGUACCCGAAGUGGCCGUGUACCUUAAGGAAUCCGUCGGCAACUCUACCCGUAUUGACUAUGGCACAGGUCACGAAGCUGCAUUUGCAGCCUUCCUUUUCUGCCUCUGUAAAAUUGAAGUUCUCAAAGUGGACGACCAACUGGCCAUCGUCUUUAGAGUAUUUAAUCGCUACCUUGAGGUCAUGAGAAAGCUUCAGAAAACCUACAGAAUGGAACCGGCUGGCAGCCAAGGAGUCUGGGGGCUAGAUGACUUCCAGUUCCUUCCAUUUAUAUGGGGCAGUGCUCAACUUGUAGAUAAUCCUACAUUGGAACCCAGGCAUUUUGUGGAUGAAAAGGUGGUGAAUGAAAAUUACAACGAUUACAUGUUCCUGGAAUGUAUUUUGUUUAUUACAGAGAUGAAGACAGGCCCAUUUGCGGAGCACUCCAACCAGCUUUGGAAUAUCAGCGCGGUCCCUUCCUGGUCUAAAGUGAACCAAGGGCUCGUUCGCAUGUAUAAGGCCGAGUGCUUGGAGAAGUUUCCUGUGAUUCAACAUUUUAAAUUUGGCAGCCUUCUCCCCCUCCUCCCUGUCAAACCUUAAGGAUCUAGAGUGACACAAGCAGAAGCUCUUGACGCAAUGCCCUCUCCUCUUAACACCAUUCCGACCACAGAAUGGCCUGUUCCACCCCAUGCUUAUAUUUUUACACCCAUUAUGGACGAAAGGGAGCAGUGGCUUUUGUCAUUGAAUCUUAAGAAGGACGUUCGUGUUUGUACAUAAAUGCGUUUAGUGCUAAACAUAAACACCUUGGUGCAACUUCACAACACCUAAAUACUUAUAUUUUUCUUGAAAGAUGCAUUAAUUAUACAAGGACAAGAAAUAGUGUAAUAUAUCGAAUAGUGAACAGUUCUUCCCCCAAACUAGUCGAUUUUUAUCGUGCAUUCUUCAGGGAAAUAAAUACUACACAUGAACUGUGUUUUUGGUACAAUCCCAGCAAAAUAGGUAUUUGAUGUUCUGCCUCUGAGUUGGCACACAUGGACAUUCAUAAGAGAAAGAGGGGACCAGAAGGUAGGUAAAUGGUAAUCGUAAAAGCGUAGGCACAUUCAUUUUACUACUUAAAACAUAAAAUAGUCACAUGUAAAAUCCAAACUUGCUGUGCCGAUUUUUUUUUUUUAAAUUUUUUUUUUUUUCCUUCUUCAUUCGGCAUCUUUAUAAACUUGGCUUUCUAAUUGAGAGGGGCAAGUUUACCAAACUGCAGACUGAAAAACCUGUACCCAUAAGUAGACGACUUCUCACAAUUGACUUUGUGUGAGCAUUUUAUUUAUAUUAGCUAUAUAUAUAUAAAAUUAUAAAGUACUGUUUACCUACCUUCUGCUCCUCUCUUGCUCUUAUGGAUGUGAUGGAAGUCGCCUUUCUUUUCAAAUUGGACAAAAAAAAACCAUUGAGCAAUAUUGAUUCCUCUGACUAAUGUGAGCUGGAAAUUCAGUAGUUUGGGGCGGAUGUUUGUUCGGUAGUCAAAGCAUAUUUCACCAUUUUUUGUCCUUUUUUUUUUUUUUUUUUGUGUGUGACAUCGUUACCAAAAUCUUUGAAGAUAAAUAGAAGUAUUCAUGAGCCAUGUUUGCACAGAUACAUUUUCUUUGUUUUAAUUUGUUCACGGGAGCUCACAGUGGAUAUAGAACACAAAUUUUCCCCUGCACUAAUCACUAUUGGCAUUUGUUUAUAUUAGCGCCAAUUAUUUCACCUUGGGGCGUUUUUGGGGGGUUUUUUUUGCACUAAUGCUAAACAUGCUUUUAGAUCUGCUUAAAUUGGCGAGAACAUCCCCAGCACAUUCGACCAUAAGCAGAUCCAUUGGUUUCCUAUUAAAUUGGACAUGGGACGGUGUGUAAUAUGUCAAGCUUCAAACCAGAAGAUAAACAGUAUCUUGAAAACUCACCUGGCAUAAGGGACAACCCUGACAUACAAUUUGGGAUUAUUUUGUUACAGGACACUCCAGUGGGUAGAUUGAAGCUCUUCCGUGUAUGACAAGAUGUAGUUUAAUUGUUGCCUGUAUUGCUAAUGUAUUAGAGCCAGCUAUAAGGAGACUUGUGUAGGAAUAAUAAUCAGUGUCAAGGCCAUUGUUCUACUUGAAGGACACGUGACUGCCAGACUCCUGCUUUCCUUUGCAUUGUGUAGGUCUUGUGAGGGAACAGCUCCAAUAAAUUAUCAAGACUCUUGUAUGGUUGGUCUACCACUGUUUAGAAUGGGAUAUUUGUGAAUAAACAUUUUUCCGCAGUUGUAA